AGGAAAGUGAAAACAGAUGGUUCAAGAUGGAGCUUCACAGUGGCAGAAAAACAGCUCAGUGUUGACUUGGUUAAAAACAAUGAAAGUCUUUACAAAAGAAAACAGCUAAAACCCUCACAAAACCCAAUGCUUUCAUUCUGGUCUUGGAACAUCUUUGUAAAACACCAAACUUUAUGACAAAACAUCCCAAAAAAAGGUGUUUAUUGUGCGUGUCCCCAAAUGGUGCAACAGUGUAAGAGUCUCCACUAUACACAAAUACAAACACGCAAGGUUACACACACACUUAAGCAGCAGACUUUAAAAAACACCUUUUUAAACAAAACUUUCAAACUGAAACCUUUUAAAAUGUUUAAAAUCUUACAUUGAGAAUCUAAAUAAGAGUUUGAACAGAAAAUAAAGAAAAUUUUGAGUCUGAUCGGGUUUUUUUUCCCCCCAGAAAUUCAUAGAUCAACAUUUCCAAGCAUCAUUUACGUUUAAUGAACAAGUUGUGUAAACAUAACUUAAAUGAAUUAUGUAAAUGAAGAGGCGGAUAUGAUCCAUAAUACCCGUGUCAUUAUGUGCUGCUCCUUUAUCUCAGUGAGCUUCUAUUAAAGUGGGGGGAGAAAAAAAUGCCAAGUGUGACUAAUUUCAUCCUGAAAUGUCAUCAGUGGAGAUGCUGCUGCUCCUGCCGAUACGUGUGUGAGCUGCAGUGAAUGAGGGGCAGACAUCACAUAAAGAGGAUGAUAUCCACAGAGAGCUGUUAUGGGAAAUAAUCGUAGGUCAGCCUUUUCAGAAUCACAAUCACUCACGCUGAUACCGAGACAUUUCACAUAAUAGGAGAAAGAAGCUGUGAAAACAACCGUGGGAUUAAAACUCUCAAACUCAGGUACUCAUUAUGUUGUUCAUCCCUAACCAGAGUCCAGUUGCGCAGUGAGGAUCCUCUGGACUGUUUCAGGUCCGACAUGAAACUGUUUAUCACUGAUGAAGAUGAUGAUGAUGAUGAUGAUGAUGAUGACACGACACCUAUCAUGGAAACAGCCAAUCAGAGCUCUCUUGGUGAUUAUGCGUGAAUAGUUCCUCUCUGUCCUGCAGCCAAACAUCUGCAGGGAAACCCACUAAGAAAAAAAAAGAGGACACUUCUCUUCCUCCUCUUUCCUUCCCUUAUCUCCUGCUCUCUCCCUCCUCUCUCCUCCCUCCUUAUCUCCUCCAGCUCUUGUUUCUUGUUUUUAGUAUUCUCUCCUCUUUCUUCACUGUCCUCUGUAGCCGGGCCUCUUCUGUUUUUGUUCCUUUUGUCCUUUUUUACUCUUGUUUCUCCUUGAUACACUUUCUUUCCUUGAUUCCAUCAAACCAUGAGGAGACACACACCCCCAAAGUGUGAACGAAAUCAAUUAAGAGAAAAGAGUUUAGUAAAUUUUACUUCUGCCGGUUGACACUGUGGCAGAAAAAAAAAUUUCGUUCUUUGACCUUUUCUUGUAUCAUGCUGUUUUGACAGUGUUAUAACAAACUGAAGAAAGUGGACUACAUUUUAUCAGAGGCUGCAGAUCCAGCAUAUCCUUUUCAAGCUUUCACUUUUAUUACAUAAAGACUAAGCCCUAUGUUACACUUUAAUGUGGACACUAGCAGUUAAACCUGGCAGUCUUGCUUAUACAAUCGUGCAUGCAAGUGAUCGCUCCAACCUGUUUUCGUUUUUGCUCUGUCCCUUGGCUUUUCAGACACUCACAAACUUGCCUACUUCUGCUCCUCUCCCUGCUCUCCUCUAUCCCCCUCCUGCUCAUCUCUCUCUUCUCUCACCCUCUUGCUCCUCUCCCUGCUCUCCUCUCUCUUCCUCCUGCUCUCCUUGUGCUCCUCUCCCUGCUCAUCUCUCUCUUCUCUUCUCCUCCUGCUUCUCUCCCUGCUCAUCGCUCUCCUCUCUCUUCUCCUCUCUCCUGCUCCUCUCCCUGCUCUCCUCUUGCUCCUCUCCCUGCUCAUCUCUCUCUUCUCUUCUUCUCCUGCUCCUCUCUUCUCCUCUCUCCUCCUCUUGCUCCUCUCCCUGUUCUCCUCUCUCUUCCCCCUGCUCCUCUCCCUGCUCUCCUUGUGCUUCUCUCCCUGCUCAUCUCUCUUUUCUCUUCUCCUCCUGCUCCUCUCCCUGCUCAUCACUCUCUUUUCUCUUCUCCUCCUGCUCCUCUCCCUGCUCAUCACUCUCCUCUCUUCUCCUCCUGCUUCUCUCCCUGCUCAUCACUCUCUUCUCUCUCCUCCUCCUGCUCCUCUCCCUGCUCUCCUCUCCCCUCCUCUUGCUCCUCUCCCUGCUCUCCUCGUGCUUCUCUACCUGCUCAUCUCUCUCUUCUCUUCUCCUCCUGCUUCUCUCCCUGCUCAUCACUCUCUUCUCUCUCCUCCUCUUGCUCCUCUCCCUGCUCAUCACUCUCCUCUAUUCGCUCUCCUCCUCCUCUCCCUGCUCAUCGCUCUCCUCUCUCUUCUCCUCUCUCUUGCUCCUUUCCCUGCUCCUCUCCCUGCUCUCCUCUCCCCUCCUCUCGCUCCUCUCCCUGCUCAUCUCUCUCUUCUCUCCUCCUCCUGCUCCUCUCCCUGCUCUCCUCUCGCUUUGUCUUAUUCCUCAUUUUCCUUUCUUAAUGUAUUGACAGACAAACUGAUAAAAUAUAAAUCAGUGAGCAAACUUUGACAGGAUGAUAAAGAAACAGACCCAAACACAUCCAACUGUGUCUGCAUGAACAUAAACCACCACAAAAAUGUAACAUUACUCUGUUAUUUUCAUGAAGAAAUUUGCUGACAGGCUGCAUUUUCCUUAUAUUCUUAUUUCUUCUGCCUAAUUACAUGCUGCUUAUUAAUUUGAAAAUCCUUAUUAAAAUGGCUGCAGGCCUGCUCCAGUCUGUGUUUUAAGUGAAAUUACUCAGCCUAAUCUAUAUUACCUACACUUUCUGGAAUAAUGGAUACAUAUUUUCCUCCCAGCAGAGAAGAGUCGGGGUCUAAAUCCUCGGCCCGGUCUUAAUCCCCUCACGUUUCUGAAAGCGUCCCCUCUGUCUGCGCCUUUUAAUUGGAAGCUAAUGGCCUGAGCUCGAUAAGGGUGGAUCUUCCUCCCUCGUGGCCUGGAAACUGAUUUUCUGAUGAAAUAUUUCAAUUAAAAUAUUGUCCAAGCCAUUUCCACGCCUGUUAUGAGUGAUGGUGAUGAUGUCUCUGUUUGUGAUAAGGAGGAGGAGGAAGAGGAGGAGGAGGAAGAUGGAGGGGCUCACAGAAACAUGAAGAGAGUAGAUGUCACGCUCUGCAACAUGAUGGCAAACGUCCAAACACCUACGGGGGAGCAAGCUGCAGGUGUUUUCAUCAAUUAUAGCAUUUCACAUUUACAGGAUUAUUCCCAGUGAGGAGGGGGAGCUUAAAGCUGCAGCACCAGGAUACAAGGAUACAAGGAUAGGAAACAGAGGAACUCUUCUCUCCAAUUUCCUGAUUUAAUAACACCCAAAAUAGGUGAUUAACAGACAGUAAUGAGCAGAAACUUUCUGUUUAUGUCAGUCAUUUAUGGAGCAAACUUUCUGUCGUUCAAGCUCCACAGGAAACCAAAUAUAUAUCCAACAUUUUUAGACUCAAAUUAAGAGGAUGAGUAACCCAAAUAUUUUCCAAUCAGAGUCGGAUUUGCACAGGUCUUACUUCUACCCAAUGUUCUAAUGUGUUUUUGCAGAGUCUACUCAUCAUCUAGUCUCCUGUUUGUUAAUUUUCUGAUCCAUUUCAAUCCUGCUAAGCUCUCUGCAAAAAUAAACAGUCACUGUCAUGCUAAUAAAGCAGAUUUGAACUGUAGGAGGAGGAGGAAAGGAGGGGUUCAGGGAGGUGAAGACAGAAACAAGAUGCUGCUUAAAAAAACAAAAACAAAAAUGUGUUUCUCCUGAUGUAAGAACCGGAGCUCUCCUUUUGGUGAUGAACACUGAUUUCUUCAUUAAGCAGCAGUUUAAAACAUUUAGGGAUCUGUGGUCAUUUUAAACACUCAGAUUUAACACUUUAAUAAUCAUCAUCAUAAUAAAAUACACUCUGGACAUUUGAACUCGGUAAAUUGCCAUGGAAGGGCAUCCAUAGGGUGCUUUUGUUUUAUUGUAUGAACUUGGAAAGACCCUGAGGUCAUUUUUCUUGUAUUUAAUCCAGUGAAGACCAUCCAGACGUCACUUUUAUGACCUUUUAUUGAAUAAAUGAAUGAAUGCUUUAUUUCAAACAUGCAAUAAAGAAAGCAGAAUAUAGGUAGUAACCAUACACAAACACAUACAUACCAUAAAUAAAAGAAAAACAAAGAUUGCUGGCAACAACCUGCAUGUGUAGCUCAUGUUCAAAAAGGAGUAAGAAGAGGUUUAAACUUAUUUAAUCCUACCGCUUUUAUCAACAGUUCCUAUAGUGAUAUUUUAUCUUUACAUAUUUAUAAUAUUCAAAAAAGGUCACAACAGUAUUUCACCUAUAAAUGAUACUUAAUUUCUGUACAUAUAAAUUAAAUAUUACAUAUAAUCCACCUCUGCUCAAACACAGAAGUGUGAACAGCUUCAAGAAGGCUUUUUAGUUACAUUUUAUGAACAGGAAUGACACCCAAAGGGCACAAUUAUUAUAUUUUAUCCUCUGUAGGACAUUUACAAGGCAGUUUCGUGUUAUGUGUUAUGUUCUAAAAAGCCUCCACAGGACAUUUUUGUUAGAAACUAUUUACCAGACAGGCAUCCAGAGAGUUCGGUUGUUGAAUUUUACCAACUAGAGAGACAUUCAGAGGACACUUUUAGUCACAGUCUUUAACUGUGGGAAAUCCAGAAGUCACUUUUUCAUGUGUUCCUCCCUUUCGGAGUACACAUUUGUUAUAUCAUGUUUCCAUAAUAAGAUCCCAAUGUAAAGUAUGUGUUGUGCUUUUAGGUUAACAGUUACUCUGUCCAAAAAAAAAAGAAGAAAAAAGGAGCAAAUAUUUGGAUCGUCUGAUAGGAGCGUGCGGCUCAUUGGCUGUAGACUGACUGAGCGUGUUGGAAAACUCCUCUCUCUCUCUCUCUCUCUCUCUCUCUCUCUCUCUCUCUCUCUCUCUCUCUCUCUCUCUCUCGGGUACAGAGCCAAGAGGCGCUGCGGCAAAAUGUCAUAUUUUACUCGCAGCGCUCUCAGAGGACGACCUCCUCUCUACUGUACAGCUCCUGUACAUCUGCGGAGCUCCUACUGUACUCUGCUGCUGCUCCUAUUCUUGGACACCCUCUCUUCUUCAUGUUUUUUUCUUUCUAUCUCGUUUUUUUCUAAAAGUUCCCGGAGGUUUUUUUUCCCCAGUUUGGAAGAAGGAUGCGCAAAGAAAAAGUCAUGCAUGAAGAGUUCUGCUAGAGUCUGUUAAGUGAGUAAGAACUGAGACUGAAAUAUGUGUGAGGUUUUUCAUGUUUUCACUGUGUGCAGUUGAUAAAAAAGCCGGGUUGAAGAGCUAUUUUGGCCGGAAAACGACGAAGAGGAAAGACAGCAGAACCGAGACUCUCCUCCUUGUAUCAUCACCACUUUUUCCACCUUUGAACCUGACUUUUAUCUCUUUUUUUAUGCUUCUGAAAGCAGAGUGAUUUCUCCUCUCAGCGGGUCAAUCGAGGCUUCUUCCAGCCUCACGUCCCUCAUCUCCUGCCUUGUCUUCCUCAAGCAGCACUGCGUGGAAGCUGUGCUGCCACGUUUUACGCACAGCGUGGAAGCCGUGCGUAAAACCAAACCGUCCCCCUGAUCCCCGUGACUGAACCUCUCCAAAUUGGGCCACUGACACUUUUUUUUUUUAAUCUCCCGUGUGACUUUCUAACCAGCAGCAUGGAUGUUUGUAAAAGCAGACUGUUGGGGAUUUCGGUGGCUGUGGCGCACGGAGUUUUUUCCGGCUCUCUGAACAUCCUGCUGAAGUUUCUCAUCAGCAAUUUUCACUUCACCUUCCUGACGCUCAUCCAGCUCCUCACCAGCAGCACCGCCGCGCUCACCCUGGAGAUCCUCAGGAGGCUGGGGAGGGUCAAGAUCCCACCUUUCAGCCUGCAGCUAUCCAAGGUAAAAAAUCAGCUGAACACCAGCGAAUCAUGAAUCAUGAAUAUUUCUCUGCAGAAAGGGUUUCUUUGGAGGGUCGGUGCAGCCUGUGUCGACCUUCUGAAAGUAUUUAUCCCUGCACCUUCUCACGUGAAAAAAAGAAAUCUUAACAAUAGCUAAAAAGUGUUUGGAUAUGUUGGUAGGUUUAGAACUCCAACAGAUGUAAUUUUACAACUUUCUGGGCCAACAGUGUCCACAGCUUCCUAUUUAUUAUGAUAUAUUUGAACAAUGAAAGUUGCUGCCCUGCUUUGUACUCUUAAGCCGCGUUCAGACCAAAAGCGACCUCGGCGACCUGAGCAACGACUCCCAAUGCAAAGUCUAUGUACAGCCUGACGCGACUUGGCCACCGCCGGCUGCCGGCGACGUGAGCGACCAAGGUUGCCAAGGUUGCGUCGCCCGAGGUCGCAGGAUGCCAAGUUGCGUCGUUCCCAAAGUUCAAAUAUUUGAACUUUCAAAUAUUCAAAUUUUCAAAUGUUUGAACUUUGGGAGCAACUUUCCAUGACGCCGUGCCGCGACAGCCAAUUAGGGCUCUGCUGACGUCAACAAACCGGCGAAGCAAGGAGGAGGAGAAGAGGAAUCACAAUGGAGGAGCAGCUUAUCACUGCCGUGAGUUAUCACCCGGUCCUGUAUGACAUGGGGUUCGCGUUCUACCGGGACCGCACCUCCAAGAAGGAGGCAUGGGCGAAGGUGGCCCAUGAUGUUGGACUUUCUGGUAAGUUUGUUUGUUUAUUUAUUUCAGUGAGCAGACUAUUUUCUGAAAACAUAGCAAACUUCCCCUGCUUGCUAGGCUACAUGUUUCAACGUGUGUGUGUCUUUGCAGUGGGAGAAGCGGGUCAGCGGCGACCAGCCGCGUCCUGCGAUGCUGCGACGGGAAUACAGCGACCAAUGCGACUAGGUCGCUUCAGGUUGUGUUUGGUCUGAACGCGGCCUUAUAGAACUUGCUGACAUUUUCUAGACUUAUGAUGCGAACAUGUUUUUCUUCACCUUGUGUAAUCUUCAAAAAGAUAAAAAAUGUUGUCUUGCUUUGCUCCGCAGUGCUACAGUUUCCUCCGCACCACCUUGAUUCUGUAGAAAAUAACUGGCAUAUUUGAGAGUCAUGAUUGAUAAUGAUUUGGUAUUGGUUGCUCCUCCCCCCUCGAUUAUUGGUAAAAGAGCCUGUUGGUAUUCCCAGAUGAUGAUUGGCUGAUUGACUAACUAAUUGAUCAGUUUACUUGACCAGCAGAAGUGUUCAUCAAAUCACUGCAGCAACAUCUACACAUGUUUGAAAAUGAUCAAGACUGUCACGUCAUUGCUGCUAAAAUGGUGGAAACCAUUUUUUUUUUUACUUCCUACUAUCAAGUUCUAGUGUUUUGUGAUGCCAAUGGAGAAAGUCGUGACUCCACUGUGGUGGACUCCACUUUUACUUAAUUUUCUCAGUUUGUUUCCAAAUUAUUCUUACACGUUUCAGAGAUUAUGCCAUGACAUAUAUCAACAUACUUUUUCAUGAAACUGUGAUCCAUUUACAUGUUUGAGGUAAUGCAAACCAAAAUGUUGUUGUCAGUGACAUAAACUUUGAGACAGAGUUUCAGUCAGUUCAGGGUGUUCACAUUUAGACCUUUAGGCUGUAAAAACAAGGACAUGUCAGCAUUAGAAUUUUUUUCUUUGCCAGUUUUAAGUUCCUUUGGUUUUUUGGCACAGUUGAUACUUAUCCCUGGGUUGGUCUCCAAAACUGCAGCAUCUCUGAGCAUCAGAGGUCUCAAACUCAGACUCACCCACUAAGGACAAAACUUAAGUAUUUAUGGUACUGUUCUUGCAGUUAAGUCCAGUGGUAAUUCUUGAUGUGAUAUUCCUUAAAAAAAGCAACCUGUUCUUUGUAUUUUGGCUCAAAUUUAUCCCAAUCCUGGGGUGUUGGUUUGGCUCAGGAGUGAAAAUCAUACACUCCAUCUGCAGAGGAUUCAGUCUUUGUGACAGGCAGUUUAGUUUUGACUCCAACUGUUGGUCCUUUGCUGCAUAUGCUCCCUUUAGUCUCUGCUAUAUCCUCCAAAAGCAUUAAGCUGUGCCCCAAAAUGUCCCCAAUCCUUCCCGAAAGUCAUAAACAUCACAAACUAGAGUUCUGUCCAGAUACAGCACAAGAUUGGACCUGAUCCAGUCCUCUUUUAGAAGCUUUUUUUGUUUGAACAUCAUAGUUUAAAGAUUUGAUUUGAUUACUUUUGAUCAAGAAAGGAAAAGGCAACCUCUGCUUUACUUUCAUUUCCAUCCAAAGUGCACCUCUGUAAUGAAAUGCAGAUUUUUGUAGAUCUGCCUUUCUGUCUGGAGUUUUCUUUUUUUAAUUUUUUGUCUUCCCUAAAGUCUUCUUUCUUAAUGCUUCUUUUGCACUUUUUGUCAAAGAAGGUAAUACUUUGAGGGUUUGUUGUCACUUUGGCUCUGAGGACAACAACCUGUUAAAAAUGUGGAUAUAUCAGUUCUUGUUGUGACAUUUCUCUUUGCACUAAAAAGUUAUGGCAUAUUUACUUCAUGAGCUGACACCAUCAGGACUAAACGUUGCAUCUUUUAGAAAGAUCCGUAGAAAAUAGGAAGACAUGCAAGGCCUAAGGUGAGUAAAAACAGAUCUUUUUACUUUUUCCAGCUCCUUGCUGAAUAAAAGUCCUGAGAAUUGAAGAUUUCUCAGAGGUAAAAGUUUGUAAAGAAGACAAACCACAAGUUUAGUCCUGACUGUUUUAUUUGGAGAGUUUGCAGUCCUGUGAUAUCUCAGUCUUUGAUGUUUUUCAGAAGAUAGUCCAACUUGUUCUUGGACCCUGAGGGAAAAUGAAACGGGUCUCUGGAUCUUUGAACAGUUUAAUCUUGUUGUUGAAUCAAGGACCUGAAGAAACUGAAAUACCUUGGAGGUGAAGCUUGGUGUGGACUUCUUCAACUUUGGUUUAGACUGAAAUAUGUAAAGAUUGUUGGGUCCAACACCAUCUAAAACUGCCCUAAUGGACCCCAGAGGCUGGUGUAACUCGUUUACCUCUUAAAUUCCAGUUGAAAUAUGUGAAGAACCUUGAGUCCAAUACCAUUAACAUCAAACUGAAAACAUCCUGAAGACGGGUUUAACUUGUCCGGGGACCCCGUUAGAUUACAUACUAUUAUACAACCUUUACCUCUGAGUCAAAAAUUUUAACUUCUUCUGCAAUUGCACCAAAAAGUGCCACCUUCCUGUUAUAAGGAAUAUAGGCACAAGUCUUCAGACAGUGAUUAGUUUGAUCAAUGGGAAUAAAAGAACAGGUCCCAGAUCAGAAAGCUCUCUCAGCUCUGAAAAUUAGACAGUAUGACAUGCUAACUAACUGUAAAAUCCACUUGCUCUGUUAGACCGACAGAUUUAAGGCAGUAAACCUGACAUCCAUGGGCUUUUCUAAUAUCCCAGAUAGGCUCAGUAUAUUUACAGAGACUGUCCGGAUCCAACCCCUGAAAAAUAAAGGAAAUCUGUGAUGAUUUAUGUCUCAGUUUCAAAGAGAUAUUAUGUCUGAUGCUAGCUUACUAUGUUGUAAGUAGGCUGCCAUCUUUGUCUUUGUAUGUGGUCUAACUAGAGGCUAUAUCUGGGAUCAACUGACUUAUAAAGCCCCAAUUUGACGCCAGGCUUUCCGGUCUGAGCAGAGGGAGGGGACUAAAACUCUUCAUAACGAUGACUCAAGGCCAAGUUCCACACCAAAAAAACACAAAAGAUAAAGAAUCGGAACAAUAAAUAGAACUGUUGAUGGCAUCAGUAUCAAUAAAAUCCAGUCAGUUUCCUUACCCACUGAUUGUACUAGUGCACUACGUCCCAUAAUCAGGAUUUUGUUCCUGAUGCUUUAAAACAGCUUUUUAUCACUGAUGGACUUAUGGAGACGCGUCUGUUGAGCUGUUGUUUGAAGGAACCAUUUGGUGUUGGUUUUAAUGUCCAUCUUUUUUAUCUCAAAGUAGAGGUGAAACAGUUUGGUCAAAUCCUGCCACCAUACUCCUACACCAACCACCAGUGGAAAAUCCUGCAAUAAAGAAAAUUGUUAAUUUCCAUCAACUAAUUUCCCACAGAUCCUCAGAGCAGUUAAUCCGACAGUCCAGGAUUUCCUCCAGUGGGUAACCAUUUCAGUUAGUGUCAUGUGCAUCUAUAAGAGAGUCCUCCAGGCCUGACGAAGGUCAAUAUUUGAUGAAUAAACAAUGACCUAGCUCGAAUUUCAGCACCAGCAAUCGGUGCUGAAAAACCCAGUAUGUCAGCUUCACUCUGCCUGAGGAAAGCUUCUGAGUUUACCCAAUUUUGAAAGGUGUAAAAAAUAAUCGAGUUAAAUCUUGAAGCUGUUUUGAGAACUGAACUAAAUGAUUCAGCUGAAGGUAAAGGUCUAAAACAAACAGUUGCUUAGAUGUUGCAUCAACAGUUAUCAAAAGCCUGUUUUUUUCCCUAAACAAUAUAAGCAAAUGUUCCACACAAGACUUUGGCCAGCCAUCGCUCACAACUACAGCACAACUACAGGAAAGAUGGAGAACCAUGUCAAUUGUCUAGACUAAAGUGACUCAAAAGUGGGUGGAGCCAUCCAUCAAACAGGUGGAGUUAUGAUGCUGAUUUUGAGAUCAAGUUUUCAGUGGAGCAGAGAUAUUGAACAGCUGCUACAGAGCUAAAACAUGAAGCCACAGAGCAUAAUGUCUGACAGUGGUAAUCAGACAGUUCUGCAGAAGUGUUUUACUGUACAAUUACUUUCUUUAGACGAUCGACUAAGUCAUGAAGUUACUCCACUAACUUUGCGGUGUAUCCAGCAUAUCUGAAGUGAAGUUUAUGAAGUGCCAUUUUCAGGGUAAGACACUGUAUCACAGAAUACCACUCUCUGCACUUAAAGCGCUUUAUCUUUGCACAAUGUAUCACAUGCAGCUCUUUUUGGAUGAGAAACAAGUAUCAAAAGCGACUCUAAUAUACAGAGAUUUACAGUAAAUCUAAAAAGUGGAUCUUGGGUGCCUUAUAUCAGGACUAAUACAGUAAUCGCAAAAAAAAGAGAAAGCACUCUUGUUGUCAGAGGUCUCAUAGGUUAAAGACAGUCUUAGGUUGGUCUGUUUAUUAACCAGAUAAAAACUCCUCACGGGAGAUUUCAAUUAGCAUUUCAUUCAGCCCAGCCACCAUACUGGUAUUUUAAUGUGCAACAACAAUGUAUGCAAGACCCUUGAGUUUAAAGAUGAACCAUGACACUCUGUUUGCCACUGAACCCUGUACAUAUUCAAGUUGUGCACAGCUUAUUUUAAAGCCUGCAGCACAUGACCAAGCUGCUGUGUCAUUAGAGCUGGAAUAGAGAUCGUUUUGGACAUGCUGUCAUUGUGACCGAGUGUGUUCUGUGCAACGCGUGUCACAUGGUCACACAAACAGGGCUCAACUCCCAUUAGGGAACAACUAUCUGAUCCCUCAGGGUUUCCUGCAGUUAUUGUUGUUAAGGUCGACGUUGGUCUUCAGAGAGUGAACGUAAGCUGAUAUACUGUCCUUCAAAGUGAUAAAAAUGUGUUUGUGUGUGUGUUUCUCUAUGUGCAGGAGUUCGCCUCUGUGUGUGUCCUCUCCACGUUGCAGUCCACCCUGACUCUGUGGUCUCUGCGCGGCCUCAGUCUACCCAUGUAUGUGGUGUUUAAACGGUGCCUGCCGCUCUUCACGCUCAGCAUCGGCGUGUGCGUGCUGAGGAACGGCAUCCCAUCCAUCGGCGUGGUGACUGCGGUGCUUAUCACCACCGGGGGAGCUGCUCUGGCUGGUAAACACACAUAUUAAACAUGCACGCACAAGUCUGUCUUUGACGUUUUGGCAGCUCUUUGGUUUUAUUUCUUUAUCUGUGGUGAUGAAAUUCCCAAAACUCACCUUAAAAACCCACUUUCCACCAAUUUAAACGAGAGGAAAAUUACAGCAAUUUAAAUUUAUGUCAUACCUCCCUCUGAGCUCAUGUUGUUUUAUCCAGUUUAACAGCUUCUCCGUAGAUGUGAAAGCUUCAUCACCUUCUGCUCUUGUAAAAAUCCUCUAAUCAUCUCUCUCAGAUUUCUUCUUCCAUUAUAGUUUAAUGAUCUUCAGCUCAUAAACAAAAAUAUCUACAGAUAAUUCAUUUCCAGAAUCAAUCUCUUCUGUCGCUGCUGUGUGUUUCUCAGACAGGAGGGGGGCGAAAACUGAGCGUGAAAUGUGCAGAAUAUGAUUUUAAUGGACAGAUUCAUCAUUCUGGGUUUAAUCUUCAUGGUAAUCUCCUUUCCUCGCAGUAAAAAAUAAUGGAGAAUCAUCAUCCUGCAGACAUAUGUGGAUUAAUCAAGUGAGAUAAAUCAUUUUGUUCUUGAUGUAAGUAUGUUGGCUCUAUAGUCAACCAGAAGUAAACUGCUUUAGAGCGUUGGAGGAAAACACAGUAACUUUUAAUCACUACUAUACAGGGCUCAUUACUGAUACUGUAAUGGUGAUAGAACUGUUUAAUGACUGAUAGCUUUUUAUUUAACCAUUACGAUCACCAUAUACAAAAGCAGCAAGGUAUGGUGUUGAAACUGGAGCAGAUCUGCAGUUCCGUAAGUGUCCACUAGAGGCUGUGUUGAAAAACGAGUCAAUCACCAUAGAGUCCCAUGUUUAAAUGUCCAACUGUACAGCCUGAAUACAUUUGUAACAGUCUGGUGUAGAGUCGGUUUUAGACCCUGUACUUCAUGUUUGUUUCUAACAACAUUGCAGGCUGAAUCAGAUUUACAAUGACUUUGCGUUAAAGUCUGGCUGUGUGUCGUUCGCCAAUGAGUCAAAGGCAUGCCAGGCUCGCAGCUGAGCUCAACUGAACUGAGAAAGGAACGAAUCAGAUCUCGGAGUGAUUCAGUUUAUGUCGUUCACUCAGCAGUUCCAUUCUUUUGAAUGAAGCGUUCAUGAACGACACAACACCAGCACCACUCUCUAAAUAUGGUAGUAGCCAAACGGUCAACUCGAGACUUCGUUUAUGCAGUCAAGAAACCAACAGAUCAUGUUAUAGUUACAUCUUUGGUCAAUCCCAGCUGGUUCUGAAAAAAGUGUCCCCCAGGGCUCAAUUUUAGAUCCCAUACACUUUUCCGAAUACAUGACAUGGUCCUGUAACACCUUCAUUAUUGGAACUCCACGAACGCCUCUCUUCUCAAAUACUGUUUAAAUUUGAUAUGGGGUACAUGUGGUCUGGAGUCUUGUUUCUUUCCUUUUCAAUGUGUUUUGUUCUGUCUCAGUGUGGUUUUAGGUUUCCAGCUUACAUGGCCUCAGCACAGGAUUACGUCUCCCUCAUUACUUUCAUCCUCCUCCUACUCUGUUGUCCUCUCCUGAUUCGUCUUCCUCCCCCCUUCCUGAAAACUUGUUACUGUUCUAUUUUUAUCAUUUCCUCCUCUGUAAAUAAGAUCCCUCUCACAAGGACAAACCUAACAUUACAGCGAGGGAUUGGUUUCUAGUUCAGGUGUUAAUGAUGGAGUUUAUCAGCUUAUAGGGGCAGAUAUUUGGCAAAGGCAAUCUGUGUGUGUCUGACUAAAUCAAAUGGAGAAAAACUUGUCAUUAAAGUUUACUGCAGAUCACCUUUUGAGCUCUAAUCAGUCUGUCAUUUUGUGCAUCUUCACACUUUGUUCGUCUUUUCUUCUCUAGGUGCGGGCGAUCUCACCGGCGAUCCUUUCGGUUAUGUCACAGGUGUGUUAGCGGUCAUCAUCCACGCCUCCUACCUGGUUCUGAUCCAAAAGACGAGUCAUGACAGCGAGUACGGACCACUCACAGCGCAGUAUGCCAUCGCCAUCAUGGCUUCACCGGUACAGACCCAAACCUUUCUUUUAAGGCCUUUGUUCCCCGCAGUUUCUGCAUGUUCUUGUCUUCUGGUUUUCUUUGAGUUUUUACUUUCAUUUUGUCCCUUUCCUUAUUUUGUUCUCUGAUCCCUGUCCUCCUUGGUCUUGUCUUUUUGCAUCCUUAUGAAUCUUUCUUGAACACCUGUAUCCCGUUUCUUUCCUCACUUUAUGUCUCCAUGCUUUCAGGUGCUCCUGGUGUGUUCCUUCAUCUCUAUGGACACCAUCAACAUGUGGUCCUACGAGGGCUGGAAGGACCCUCGCAUCACAGUCAUUUUCACUUUCUGUGUCUUCAUCGGCUGUGCCAUGAACUUUACCACACUGCACUGCACCUACAUCAACUCUGCUGUUACCACCAGCUUCGUCGGAGUGGUGAAGAGCAUCGCCACCAUCACCGUGGGCAUGCUGGCCUUCAACGACGUCGCUCCAACAGGGUUGUUCAUCGGUGGCGUGGUGGUCAAUACUGUUGGUUCUAUUACCUACUGCGUGGUCAAGUACUUUGAGACGAAGAAGAAGAGCUUGUAUGAGGACCUGGAGGAGUCUGGGAAGGAUGGAGGUCUACCUGGAGAGCCUUACAGAGAGAAACCGCCGCUGAACGGCGAUGGGCCUGCUGACGGUGCUGGAGGGGAUCCAGGAGAUCAGGAGAUGGAGGGGGUGAUAAGCACUGAUGGAAAGGAGGAGGAGGCAGCACCGGCUGGCUUGGCAAAUGGAGAAGUUUGGACAGGAGAGAGUAUGACUUCCCAGGUCAUGAGCGACAAAGAGGUGCUGGAGAUGCAAAGGGAGCACAUCCAAAAAGAAAACGCCACCACAGGUCAGUCUGCGAGUGACAGCUAUUUGGGAGUGUGGAGAUCCAUUAGACACCUGCAGUUUAUGAAGAAAGCCCCUUUGAUUGAUAACAUGGAGCAGCAGAGUCCAUAAGGGCUGGACAGACACCGACAGACUCUAGUUAAGAAAUUAACAUGAAUGGAAAGAGUCUUAGAAACGCUGAAGAAAACAGAGAAGAAGAAAAAAGGACAUGGGCUGAAUAAAAACGACAAACUGUCCAUUGGGAACCUCUUUCAUUCCUGUAUGAAGUGCUGAUCAAAAGCUUGUGGGGUACACUGGUCAUGUUUGCUGCUGCUGUGAUACCUCAAUAAAAUCCCAUGCUUUUGAGCUAAAAGUUUUAUUUCAUCACGGAGCUUUGAGUGCAAAGAAAACGCUGUCAGUUCUGUUAAAAGCAGAAAAGUAAUUUUUUUUUUUUAAUGCUGAGAUUUCAAAUACAGGUUCCUGGUGGAGGAAGCGGAUGAAGAGUUUGGGGAGACGCUGCCUGUCAGUGAUAAAUUCUGCCUCUUGUCUGCUUCAGCUCUGUGGCGUCCGGCGGGGACCAGGCUUGUCCUGUUGUAGCAUGAUUCAGUUUGGUUUGUGUCCCCGCUGAUUAACCAGCUCGCCACAAAGGAGAGCAUCCUUUGCAAACUCUAAAACGACUUUCAUUCAGGGAACUGCAGAGAAACCGCAGACAACAGAGAGUUUAUGUUCUGUGUUUUAAAAAACCUGGGUGUAUUCUUGUUUCUGAUUGGCUGAAGGGUUUGCGUUAAAUGUUUUUAAUGCAUGUGUGAAUUAAAUCAACAUCACCUGUCAGCGCAUGUACUUCAACAAAUGUACAGUAAUCCAUGGAUCUGUUUCUACUGGGUUUAUUAAGUCUUAAAACUGAGUUUGGCUCCCCUGCAGGUUUACUGUCACACCUGUUCAGUUUUUACAUUUACAGUUGUAAAAACACGUCUACGUUUCCAACCUAUUAAUACAGCAGUGCCGUAGAUAGAGUGAUUAAGAUACACUCUCCACUACAAACUCAUUUAGACAACCGUGUAAAAUACAGUUUGAGGUAAAGCCUGAGCCAGUCUGUGGAAAAAGGUGCAGAAAUAUUUGAGGGCCUGGGAUGGGAAAAAGUGGUGGUAGUGGGGAUAAACUUCUCUAAGAAGGAAGGAAUAAAGACACGGCUCUGUGUUUUUAUGGAUGUAAGUUGAAGACAGCGGCAGAGCUUAAAUUUUUAGACAAUGCAAAAACUAGAGAUCCGUCAAAAUUUUUGAAUUUUUCUGUACCUACAUUGUUCACCUGUUCAUAAAGGUAACUACAGGCUACAUCCUGUGAUUGGUCAGCUUGGUUCCAGACUUUUCCAAUAUUGCCACCAUCCUCAGUGGUUAAGUAGCUGCUGCACAAAACAUAUUGGUUCCAACUCAAACUCAUGAUACUCAGUUGAAAUAGUUUACUGUACCCAAAGACAGAGGAAACAUAGCAGGACCAGAAACUGGAUGAAUGACAAGACAACCCUCUGCAGUUUGGCGUUAAGGUAGAGUAAUGCAGUCUGACGUGGACUCUCCAAUGUGUUUGCACUUAUCUAAUAUCAUGACAAUGUGUGUGCACAGCUCCAAACUAGAAACUUGUAUCUGCUCACCUUUAAAUUUGUCUCUGCUCCAAAGAGAAAGCAACAGCGUCCUGAAAUUGUGUCAGGAGAAAAAGCUGUCAACCCCUGAUAUUGAUUAGUAUUGAUUUCCCUUCGCACAGUCCCCAAACUUCAUUUAACGCUACAAAAGAUCUGAUGUCCCCUCCAGCUGCUGCAAACUGGGUGUGGGCUGUUUGUGGCUUCCUGGUCUCCGUGUGAUUCUGGUGUUUCUAUAAAAAGAUGAAUAUAAUUGUUCGAGCAUGAUGUGUGAUUUUUGUGGUGUUUUGGUACAAUUUGUUUGAUUGUUAGAAAACAGGCGCCACCCUCUCAGGCUGAUGUGUGAUGUUUUAUUCAAGAUGCCAAAAGAGCAUGAAUUUAUGAGCUUACAUCUGCAGCUGGUGAAGUACUACAAAAAAGCCCAGGUUUUUACAUAAAUCAAGUUUCAAAGUUUUUAUGAGGCAGCUGAGAUCCUGUUAUGUAAUGUAUAUGCACUCUUCUUUUUAAAUUCAUAGGUUAUUAGACUUAACAAUCUGCCAAAAUAAACUACAAACCCAAAGUUUUUAACACAGUUUAAAAUGAUGAUCUCAACAGAACAUGAAGUUUUGAAAAUCAGUUUGAGCUUUUUAAACUAAAAAUAUUGCAAAGAUAACAUAUUGGGUCAGCUGAUGGAACAGUAAAUAAUCUGUUCAUGAAAAAUAUAUAUAUCUUUUUAAAUUUGUCGCCACAAACGCAUUUUUAAAACAGUUGGGGCAGGGACAGCAAACUUUUAAAAAGUGCUGCAAGGCCAAAGAAUAUAAUUUAAAGUUUAAAAAAAAUUGCAUCUUUACAUCUUUUUUCUUACAUCGAAAUUCCUUUAGUUGCAUCUGGCAACAAUCAGGUGCUUCUUAAUAAUAACUGAGUGUAAAUAAACAUCACCAACUUGACGUAUUGUGGGCUCAACAACUCACCACCCAAGAAGAUUUGGUCAGUAUGAGUAAAACAUGAAACAGGAGAGUUUAAUUUCAAUUCAGCAGUUGCACACUUGAAUGCCAUCAAGAUCUGUGCAUGAUUCUGUGACGAUAAGCUCUAUCAGUGAGGAGCUGGAACCACAUGAGAAACUGCUGGUGCAUGCUGGAGGGUUCUUCAGUGUUUGUUAAUCAGUUUGGUCAAGAUAUCCAUGAUUACACAAGCAUGAUACGCUGUGACCAAGAAUGGAGUUGGGUUACCACAGAGAUGCUAACAGCGUCAAUACAGUCCUGAUAGAGUGACAGUGAAACCUGCUGGGAUCUCAGUGUGCUAAUGUGCCGGUUUGUGCGAGUCAAAGGUUAAAUGCUUUCUUUGAGGCAGUCGGUCAUAUUGACAGUUUCUUAUUGAUGUGAAAUGGUCUGUUUGGAGCAGGUCUCAGUGCAUCCAUGUUAACAAGGCCGACACAAAUACACACACAUUGCUUGUGCAGACCAAAUUUGACAGAAUUCCCAGUGUCUGCUAUCUAAAGGUCAGAUUUUAUGCAAAAGAAAUCUGAAAAAUGUUGAUGAUAGCAUUAUAAGGAGCUGAGGUCUGUAAAAAAAUAUAUGUCCCGAAAAUCACGCUCUAGUCAAUGUCUCCCCAAGUGUACAUUAACAAACACAGAUAUAUACACAGAGGCAGCAGUUAGUGGCAACCAAAUCAUUCCCCAUCCAUUAUAAAUAAUUCUCCAGGGUCUGAGAAAGAAAUUUAAGCACAGAAACAAUAAUCCCCAGGUUUUUUUUGUUAGUAUGAUGAUGUUUUUAUUUUCAUUUGCACGUGAUGUUCUUGCCUGUGUUCUGUCUUGUUCCUGAGAAGAAGAGAAAAGUGUCUGGUGAAGUGAAAUGACCAUCUGCUCCUUAAUUUGCAUGUUCAAUGCAAAGUGAAAUUGAAUUUUUUCUUUUUUAUAUAAAGAAAUUGC